AUGUUGACAAAGGGCAAGGGAAAGCACCCGGGGGACGGAUUCUCGAUCCAGGAUGGCAACCACCAGAUCGUCCCUUCAUUGACAAGGCCUUCGGCGCCCAAAAUGGACAUCAAGGGGGACCAUCUUUCCAUCCAGGACAUCAUCGAUGUCAGCCUCUUGGGCCGCCACGUGCCGCUCAGCCAUGACGUGGACGACCACGUGGCAGCAGCCCACCAGCUGAUUCUCGACCGUCUGAAGGCGGGUCAACCCAUGUAUGGGGUCAACACCAAUUUCGGGGGGCUGGCAACCAAACAGCUCACGGCAAACGAAGCCUCUGCUCUUCAGGAGAACCUCAUCUGGGGCCUCAAGAGCGGGGCGGGUCGCAAGCUGCCCCCCUAUCUAGUUCGUGCAGCCAUGCUCAUCCGCGCAAACGCGCUGGCCAGGGGGGCUUCGGGCGCCCGCAGGAUCCUCAUCGAACGGUUGCUGGCGUUCCUGAAUGAGGGUGUGACACCUGUCGUACACGAGCUGGGCUCUAUUGGCGCGAGCGGCGACCUUAUUCCGCUGGCGGAAAUUGUCGGCUGUGUCAUUGGCCUCAGUAAGGCCUACCGGGUUGUGGACCAGAAUGGGAGAGAGCUCGACGCCCUGGCAGCGCUUGCUGAGAUGGGCCUUGAACCACUUAGGCUGGAGCGGAAAGAAGGCCUCGCGCUCGUGAACGGCACCUCCAUGAUGAACGGCAUCGCGUGCCACGUCAUCACCGACGCUCGCAAGCUGCUGCGCCUCUCGCUGUACUUGCACGCCUUCUACAUCCAGGCGCUCGAGGGAUCCCCCGAACCCUUCUCCGCGUUUCUGCACCAGUGCAAGCCGCAUCCGGGGCAGGUUGAAGCUGCCAGACUCAUGCGCGAGCUGCUAAAGGGCGGGAAGGUCCUUCCGAACGCCGAGCAAAUGCUCGAAUCGGAUAAGGCGCUGAUUCAAGACCGGUACUCUAUUCGCUGCCUACCGCAGUACAUGGGACCGAUCCUGGAUGCGUUCGCUCUCAUUGAGAAGCAGGUUGAGAUGGAGGCGAACUGCGUGGACGACAAUCCGCUGGUGGACGUGUCCGCCGGAAUGGUGCUAAACGGGGGCAACUUUCUGGGGCAGUACAUCGGAACCGGAAUGGACCUGUUACGAUAUCACGUCGCCUUACUUACGAAGCAUCUUGACACACAGAUUGCAAUGCUAGUUACGCCCAGCAUGAACAACGGGCUGCCUGCGUCGCUAGUUGGCACACGAGCUGACGAUACGGGAAUCAAGCUCGGCUUGAAAGCAUUGCAGAUCUUCGCCAACUCUGUCCUACCCCGGUUGAUGCACCUCGCUUCCCCGAUAACGCACCUCUUCCCGACGCAUGCGGAGGAGUAUAAUCAGAACAUCAAUUCGCAGGGUUCAACUCUGCCAACCUGGCAAGAGAGUCUGUUGGUCUUCUAAGAACCUACCUUUCGGCUGGGGUGAUUUUUCCGAUUCAGUCAAUAGAGCUACGCGCUUUCGCUAGGGAGGGGCACUAACAUGGCGAGGCAUUUUUGUCGCCUGCGUGUCGCCCUCUGUAUAACGCCUUUUACAAGGCAUUUGGGCAGCCCAAUCAAACGACGAAGCCGUUCGUCGAAAAGAAUGGCGACCAGGAUCUUGCAGACUUGAUUUCGAGAUUGGAGAUUGACCUUGCCAGCGUGGACAGCAGGUUGUUAGACAGCGUCUGUGAAGGUUGAAGUACAAAAUUUGAUUCAAACGCGUAAGAUUACAACAUAGGACAUAUACGACGGUACAGGCUUUCGUGCAUGUAGCGAACAAGGAAGCCCAUAUAUACAUGUGUGCAUGCACACGAGUCACCGUCCAGUGCGCUGUAGGCCGCCUGGGGCCACAUUGCAGUAGACCUGACCCUCUUGUAUUUAGUACAGGAUCCAGAUGUCAGAGCACCCCGCGAGCAUGGCC